GAGAAAGGACAGCCGUGGCUCAGAGGGGGUUACAUACACAUCGCUCGUGAGGGAAGCAGAGUAGGAAGAGAGAGGAGGGGGAAAGGAAGGACAAAAAAGAAGGGGGACACUGCACUGUUUGUUUUCGUUUUUAUUGCUUUGUAUUAGAGGGGGGAAAAGUCUGCCUUUCUCUUUAAAUGAACGGAUAAAUCUUUGUAAACGGCUUCCAUCUUUAUUUGAAGGAAAACAGUGGGCCACGAGGAAGACGCUGGAGUUUGAAGUGAUUUGAGCGUUUGUGGCUUAAUUACUUUCUAAAGCAAAGGGAGACACGCGGUUUGCAGUCCUGUAAGUGCUUAGCGACUUGAUAGAUUGUGACAAGACCAAGCAAAACAAACAUCCGAAUAUAGAAGUAACUUUAUAUGACUUUAGAAAUAUUAUUAAAUAAUUGCCAAAUGCCAUUGAGUUGUGCGAGAAGGAAUAAAUAGCUCUAUUAGUGGCCUUUUAAAUCACACUGCUCAGCAAACCCGGGAAGAAAACCUGAUCUACUGUAUCAGCCGGGUUAUUCGCAGAAUAUUAGCGGACUAUGGCGGCGGUAACAAGUCCAGAAUCGAGCCAGCCAGCUCGCGUUUACUUCCAGACGCCCCCCGGUUCAACCGAAGAAGCCGAGACCCCGGUCCGCAAGCAAGGACGGGUCACAGUGAAAUACGACCGGAAAGAACUGAGAAAGAGACUUAAUCUGGAAGAGUGGAUUAUUGACCAGCUAACGGAUCUCUACGACUGUGAGGAGGAGGCGAUUCCAGAGCUGGAGAUUGAUGUGGAUGAACUGUUGGACAUGGAGAAUGAUGUAGACCGUGCUGCAAGGGUCAAGGAACUGCUUGUAGACUGUUAUAAACCUACUGAAGAGUUUGUAGCUGAAUUGCUGGACAGGAUCCGUGGCAUGCAGAAGCUCAGUACUCCUCAGAAGAAAUGAAGCUUCUCCCACCUCCACCUUUCCUCAACCAAUCUCAUCCCUCCUUUUCCAAUUUUAGGGGGCGUGACCUUUCACCCCUGAGCAGGUGCUCAUCCAAUCCCAUUGCCUCUUUUGCAUCCAUUGGGGAGGAGGUGGAGGCAAAAUUAUGGGAGAUUCAAUCAGAUCCUUAUAAGCAGGGCUUAUUUUUCUCAUUUUGUUGAUUUUAUUUGUAUUAUUUUAUUCUAUUUCACUUUUUUUGUAAAGGGGGGGGGGGUGUCAUUGUUUUGAAAUGUUUUGAAAUGUAUUUCAUGUUAGCAUACAUUACUAUGCAUAUUAUCUUUAUGCAUAGAAUGGUUUUAUUUUGUGAAUUUGGAUUUUUGUUAGAAUUUUGUUUUCAUUGGGUUUCAAAGCUCCCUGCUCUGUCUUGAUGAACACAUGGACUGAAACCUUUUGUGAAACUGUGAUGAUACUUGGUUUAAAAUCACAUCGGAAGAGAUUAGACAGAAGCGGCCUUGUGGAUUUUUUUCCCUCUGUUUUUGAUUCUCCUGUUCCUUGAAUAAGUGUGCAGGAACAUUCAUGGACAUUUUAAUUAAAAAAGGAAAACUAAUAAAGAGAGUGAUUAAAGCUGAUUUAAAGUGAGGGAGUUACUUUGGAUUUGUGGUAUUAACAGGGAAGGGAGCUGUGUGUAGAAAAAAAAAUGGGGCUUUGAUUCUUGUCUUUAAUUUUCCCAUCUUACACAUACCACAAACACGCAUGCACACACACACACACACACAUACACACAGAAAUUCAUGGGCAUCACCACCCUCAGGGAUCAGGAGAAAUUACCACACACAUACACAUAACCACAGCUGUGGCUCUUAGGCCUCACACACAUCUACAGAUGUGCACACUGACUUUUCCAGAGGCCGAUUGGGAGGGACUGGAGAGCAGGCUAGACGAGCUGCAGUGCGUCACGGUCACUGCCAAACGUACGUUUAGAAUUAGUCCUCACACAUGACUCUCCUAAAUCAUCUUUCAAAUGAAGCCAUCUGCUCUUUUUGUCUCAGCCAAUCAAACAUUAUAAUAAGAGGGCUAAUAGUCUCACUCAGUGCUCUUGAAAGUCACCAAUCCAACAUUUCCAGCAGGUGUUUUAGGAGAGCUUUUCCCAUAACGUACACAUAACUAACACAUCACUAGCAUUUGUAGAUAUUAGACAUUCAUUGAUGAUUGAUUGAUGAUGCUCCUCAUCUCAUUUGAGUUCACUUAUGAAUUACAUGAAGUCAGGUACACUGACAACUGUCCUGGAUGCUUAACAAAUAUUUCUCUCUUUCUCUGCUCACUCUUUUUUUUUUUUUCCUAUGUGCAUUUCAAUUUUCUGUCUUUAUUUCACCUGCUUCUCAGCAUUUCAUUCUUACAUGAGUCGCUCUACCUAUACUUUCAGAUGUUGCCUUAGGUUACAUUUAUGUUAUGACAACCAAAUGAAUUUAAUCAUGUUUGAGGAACAUACAAGAAAAAUAGCUGCAAAAGUGGAAAUCUUUUUGAAUUUUUAGAAUUAAAGGUUCUUGUACUUUCAAUUAUUAUUAUUUUUUUUCUAGAUAAGGAAGUUAUAUACCAAGCAAUUUUUAGAUGCAUUAACUAUUAACAUAAAAUUGAGUCAUCAGUUGUUUUUUAUCAGUGCUGUUGAUUUUUCUUUUCUUUUCUGUGUCUGAUGAGACAGGAGGAUUGAAAAAAAAUCGAUUGGAUUUAUAAGAGAAACAAUAAUAUGAAUUUAGGGGAAAUGUAAGCAAUUGAGUAAGACUGUACUCGAGACCAUACCUUGGGGAGAAAAAAAAAAUCUUGUAGCAAUACUAAACUGUCUUGGUUUUUUGCCCAAUUUUCUUACACUUUUAUGCAACUUUAAUAAAAAUUUUAAAUUACA